CAACGGUCACGCCCAUAAUAAUAAAUCCACACAACCUACUGUAUUCUAGCUAUAUCUAGCUAGCUAGGUAGCUAGAUGAGAUCAUACCGUACCUAGCACGUACCUGUACCGGAGGUAGAUCUUAUAAUUGUUAUUUCCUACGGCUAAGAAACCUGUACGCAAAAUGGCGAUGGCAAUAUUUAAAGAUAGGAAAGAUGAUGUCUUGUCAAUGGCGGCUGAAAGAAUGGAACCGGUGGGGUCGAGCUCAACGCCAACCGUAAACCUUGAACCGGUAAAGUUUUCACAGUCAACUGCAACCGGUCUGGAAGAAACGUCUAAGCUGGCAAACUCGCUGGAUACCUCUUCUGUCAGUAGUGAUGACUUCUACGAUGCCGAGGAAGGUCCACCUUUAACUCUCUCCCAAGCUCAAGGGCCCUCAUCAGAUAUUGUUGAAGUGCCUGACAUCGAAGGAAAUGGUGAUGCAGAUGGUUUGAUAGCCAACAAGAGCAUAAUCAGGCACAUUCUGUCACAACUUAGAAUUGGUAUGGAUCUGACCCGAUUCACUCUGCCUGCCUUCUUACUGGCCCCUCGCUCAACGCUUGAGAUGUAUGCCAGCCUAUUUGGUCGUCCAAACAUGCUUACUGCGGUUACAGAUCAACCAACACCACGCGACAGAAUGAUUGCUGCUGUGAAGUGGUUUUUGGGCUCUUUGAGUGCCUCCAGAAGGGAUCCAGCUCUAAAAAAACCGUACAACCCCAUCCUUGGAGAAACCUUCAACUGUUACUGGGACAUACCAGGACCAAAGAAGGCUCCUGAACCAUGGGAACAGGUUGUUGCUGACAGUGGGCCAUUUCCAGAGGGUGGACAUGACGCUUUCAGCUUUGUGGCUGAGCAAGUGUCUCAUCAUCCACCAGUAUCUGCCUUAUAUGGGGAGUGUCCUGCCAAGAAAGUGUACGCUUCGGGCACGGUAUGCACCAAGAUCAGACUAUCUUCCUCUCUCGCUGUGAAAGUGCACAACUCUGGCAUAUUUCGUUUAUGCUUGGUGGAACAUGAUGAGGUGUAUACUGCUCCUAUGCCACACUGCUAUGUUAGGGGUAUUUUGACGGUUCCUUGGUUCGAGUUUGGAGGGGAGUGUAUGCUAGAGUGUGAAAAAUCCGGACACUCUGCAAAGCUCAUAUUUCACACAAAGCCAUUUCGAGGAGGAAAGAAGCACAAGGUCACAGCUGAACUCCGGCAUAGAUCUGAAAAGAAACCCUACAUGUACUUUGAAGGAGAAUGGGAUUCCGUUAUGUUUACUACAGAACCAAACCAGGAACCUGAACCUUUCCUUGAAGCCAGUGUUCCGACAUUUCCUAAGAAGAUGAGGAAUAUCGCCGUCACAGAGCCUACAGACUCUAGAUUGGUUUGGCAGAACCUUACCGAGGCUAUUCUUGCUGAUGAUGAUCAGGCUGCUGCAGAUGCAAAACAUGAGGUGGAAGAGAGGCAAAGAGAGAAUGUACGUGACCGAACCAAAACUGGAGAAGUUUUCCAUCAAAAGUAUUUCCACCAAUUGGAGAGUGACCCCUCAGUGUGGGUAUAUAACUCUCCCUUGGAUGAAAGGCUGGCUGAACUCAGAUAACUUCCAGCCCACUUCACAUGAAACCACAGUUGACUGAUUUACCGACAAAUAUACACCCACGUAUAAUUAUAAUUAUAAUAAUACCUUAUAUUCAAGCCAUUUUACUUCUUUUUUUGUAUAUGUGACUGUGCACUUGUACUGUAUGUUGUAUAGAGCAGUCUCUGUUUAUUGUUUUACAGUUCCGAUUGUUAUGUGCAUGUACUGGUUCUGUCUGUUUAUUUUUGAGCGAAGAAAA